AUGGCAGUGCUGCCGUCUUCAUUUGCAAUACAAAUUUGUGUUCGUUCGUCGACGCGUCUACGUCUUCAUACGCUUUUAAGAUUAAUGCAAAACAAACGAGCCAGCAAUGAAAGUGGACCAAUAAAUUAUGAAUUUGCAUUGAAAAAAGUGUGAAAUUAAAGUUUAUUCGCUGUAAAAAUUAAUUUUUGUACAAGUUUUGAAAGUUAUAUGUAGGCAUAUUCAGCAAAGCUUUUUAUGACAAAACCAACAACAAAUCAUAACAGUAAUUCGCAAUAAAAGGCGUUAAUAACAUAACCGCAAAAUGCAGGUGAGCUGCGUUCGAAAACGGUGGCAAUCUGGUAGCAAAAUAUCAAUUAUACAACAACAACACGCAAUUAAAUUACAACAAUAAUAAUCUGACGCAUAUUGUAUGAAUGGAGGCGCAGCAAGUGCAAAAACUACAAAAUAAACUUUAAAUCACCAAAUUGAAUGAAAUUAAAAAAAGUAACAACAACAACAACAGUAGCUGCAAACGAGACGUCAAAAAUUGGCAGGCGACAGGCACUGAGACAGUUAGAGCAGCAGCAGGAGCAAGCGCCGAGCGACGGUGGCGACAGCAACGAUGACAGCGACCAUGGCGGCCAAAGAUACAAAUCAAUUGACGCGGACCAACGCCAACAUCACCGGUACCAGCACCACCAGACACCACCCAAUAAGGCGGCAGCCAUUUUACCCGCAGCCAUCAGCACUGGUGAAUACAAUAACGGCAACAACAACAGCAGUGCAAACAACGAUGGGCCGAGCGAUAAAUAUUGGUUUUGCUGGCUACACACAAGCGCACCCAGAGAUCCAGCAUGCGGGCGAUGGUGGAAUAAUGCAUGAAAGGACGCAACAACGUAAUGAAGUGUCCGUGCCGACCCGAGUCGCCGCAUGUGUCGAUAUCGGCGUUGUUGAUGACGAUGAGGCCAUUGUCGAUAGCAACGGCAAUGCGUAUACACGCAGAGAUAGUGUCGCCGCCACGGCUGCUGCAGCUGCCGCCGCUGUUGGCGAUGUUAAUUUUCCCGUUGACACGCGCACAGGUGUGACGACGGGCGGCAUCAUGCUGGACGCUGUGGACGUUGAUGUUGACGAUGAUGAUGAGAGCGACUCGUUCGGUUCGAUGGAGACGUUGUCGGACAAUGUGGCUGUUUGGGUGGAUGGCGAGAAGCACUGGGUGGCGGGUGUGGAUGCGAGUACGACGUGUGCGGAUUUGAUUGGCGCGUUGCUCAAUUAUCAAAACGCACAGCAAUUGCAGGAAAAACACUACCAGCAGCAACAGCAGCCACAACAGCAUAUGUUUAGUGUCAACAGCGGCAAGAGCAAUAAUAAUAACAACAGCAACAGCAGCAGCGCGGCAAAACCAGCCAUCAAUCAAUCAACGUUAAUAAAAACAUCAACGCAUACCAAAGAAAAUUGCGGUCCAUCGCUCGCUGCGAGCGGUGAAUUGACUAUUGGCGGUUGCCUUCCCAUGGCAGCUGCUGUGUCGAUGGCGCUAACUGUGCCGGCGACUAGUAGUGGCGCACCUCUGUGUGGCAACCGGCUAACGAACGCCACUGAGUACGUCAUUGUCAAGCAGCAUCGCCACUGUGAGGAGUACUUGGAUGGCAAUGCGAAGGUAUUCGAUGUGAUGCCAGUGCAGGAUGGCCCCUCAAGGAAGGAGUGCGAAUUGCUCUUGCGUCGCCUCACUGCCGCCAACAGCAACGGCAACGGCAACAACAACUGCAAUGGCAACAGCAAUAAUGGGACUUUCACGGCAUUACCUAAUGCGCUGCACCGCGCCAGCUCACCGUCGCUCAAUCUGAACACACAGGUCUCCUCGUUGCUCUCCACGGACAAGGACAGCGGCAUGGGCAGUCCGGUGGGGAGUUCGCGCAGCGCACGGUUACGUCGCCGCAAGUACAAAUCAGCCGCUACGGUCAGUUGGUUGGCACAGGCGAAUACGUUGCAUCCGCGCGUCUCGCAACGAGCUGUAGCCGCUUUCAGCGGACUCGGCAACGCGCUGACCAACGCACAGGCGAGUAAAGGUGGUGGCAAGCACAUCGCCGUCAUCGACUGUGGCAUGGGCGAGGAGGAUGAUGUGGCCGCGGAUGCGCUGGAUGGCUUAGGAGUAGGCGUCGAUGGAGGUGAAGGGGGCGUAAGUGCAAAUGAGCGGCUACUGAAAAUUAUUCUGGCGCAGGACGAAACAAUUCAUCGACAGUUGGCCCUUUUAAGAGAAAAGGAGCGACAAAUUUCGAAAAUUGAGGAGGAGAAGCAUCGCGUCCGCGAGCGUGAAUUGGGUAAAAAUUACCUACUCGAAACGUACCUGAAUGGCCUGGAUGAGGCGCACGCUGAGCCCGAUUUGGAGGCGUGCACCGAUGUGGCAUUGGCCGAUAGUCCGCUUAAUGAAUUCAAUGAUGUUCGCGUUGCUGAUACCAGCCUCGUUCAUUACGGUGAUGGCGUUGCUGUUGGCGCCGCAGAUGGUGUUGGCCGUGAUGAUGAUGCUAACGUGGAGAUAUAUAUUGACGAAUCGUAUCAGCGGACGUCGAGGACAAUUGGCGUAACAACAACAACGGCAACGAACAAGGAUACUGUAUCCAAAGAAAGAGAUUUCCAUUCGAAUGCACGACACUCGAAGAAAUUAAAGGGCGACUUUAGUGGAGAUGGUGGAGGAGGGGGUGCGGCGACAGGCGUGAAGAUUGAAACAAAUAAGCAAGCUAUUGCCAAUUGUGAAGAGAACGAGACGGACGUGGAAGCACAACUGGUGUGGCUGGAAAAGAUCUACGCGCUCAACAAGCAGCUGCAGCGCGAGGAGGAGAUGCUGCUGAAGUUGCACGCGAAAAUACGAAAACAUCAAGUGAAACGUGCCUACCAAACCAAACGUGAAGUGUUGCAACAAAUUGAGAAAUUGGAUGCGGAGUUGACGUUGCAAUGUUGUGACAUACGCGCCGUCGAGAGCAAAUUGCACGCGUCCAACGAGCAACUGAAACAGAAGCUGGGCGUAUUGGAGCGGCUGAGUCAGGAGUUUCUGCAGACGAUGGAGACGCCGACGGCGGAGGAUGGGCUGCACGCAGAUGCGGCUGACGUGACGGUGGCGGUUGUUAGUCAGAUGCCUGCUAAUCGAAUGCCAGAUGUAAUUAACAAUGACGGCCACAAUCUUGCAACAAUGUUGCCUGCCACGGAGGUGGCAAGACCGAGGGAGCUGCGAGUGGCUGAUGUGUCGUUGCAUGCGAAACAGACGACAGAACAGCUGGCGGCGCAAGAAGCUGUGUGGCACUUACAAGAUGAAAAUAUGGACUUGCCACAGACAAUGCACGCAACCGCCGCUCAUGGUAAUAAAAUUAAGGAAUUGAGUGAGCUAACGCAAACAAAUACAACAGCAAUGACAACAACUCAAAUACAAUCAGCUGCAGAAAACCAAAUAGCAACAACAACAAAUGCGCCGAUAUUGAGGCAUGCAACGACGCUGGUAUCAAAACUGACAGCGACAAGUUGUACCCCAUCAUCGUCAACGUUGUCGUCAGCCACACAAACGGCAGCCGCAACGACAGCAACAACACCCUCAGAUACAACAACACACGCGCUGUCAACCGACAAGGCAGCCGUAUCUGCAUGCAACAUGCCAGCAAUGUCGCCGGCGGAUGAAACACAAACCACAGCACUACAUCUUCUUCAGCCGCAGCAUCUGCAGCAACAACAACACCAGCAACAGCAACCACGAGCGCAGCAAAAACAAUUACCAGCGGCGGCGGCUGAAGACGGCAAUAACUCACAACAAUGUGUCGCCGCUGAUGACUUGCUCGUCGAUGCACUGGCAGCCGUUGGCGGCGUGGCACUUCCGCAAAGCAAUUAUCCAAUUAGUUGCAUUAAUCAAGCGGCCAUACACGCCACCAGUGCGCUACCAACACAACCGAGUGUUGUUGCAGCUGCAAAUGUCAGCACGCCUGUGCAAGCGUUGCCAACAGGCGCAGCACUAUUGUCAGCCGCGUAUUUAACGUCUUCAGCAACGCACUCCGCGGGAAAUAUAACAAGCUGCCAACAACAACAGCAAGUGCAGUUGGUGGCGCAACCGCAAUUGUUGCCGCAAAGACAAUAUUUGAACUACAUGAAUGCUAGUUGCUUAAGCAACAACAACAACAGUAGCGAUAUCAGCAGCAACAACAGCAUCAAUACCAACAACAAGAACUUGUUACCGCCCUCACAUGCCGCCCACACGAAAACGCUGCAGAAACAAAUGUUCGGUCCGAAAUCUCUCAAUCAGCGGCAGCCAACUGCAGCGCCGUCGCCGCCUAAAACAAUACACACCUCAGCGGCUGCGUGGACCACACCUACCGCCCCCAUGACAACGCCCAUGCUUGUGGGAGCGCAUAACGGCUUCAGCAUGCCAUCAAUAUUAGCACCUCUCCGUCCGACGACGCCGACAGCACUUUCGGCUGCACCUGUGGUUCCUCCGGUUGUGGAUAUCACGCAGCUGGGCACACUGGUCUAAAGAUAACGAUGGGUUACUGUUACUCGGUUGUUUGCUGACCAGCAACCGCACAUUUGCGCAGCCAGUGGGCAAAGGAGCGCGCCUUGAGUGCUCAAUACAGCUGGUGUAGGUUACACGGUGACUAUAAAUUGUUGCACAGUGUUUUGGAUUUAGCUCAUCAACAGCUAAAUUGUAUAGAAGUAAAAUUUUUAAAAAGCGAUUCUAAUUUUUGAGUUUAUCUAAAGAUUUCGAGUUUCCAGUUUGUGAAAUGAGGCCAAGGAAAUUGAUAGCAAUUAAAGAAGUGUUCUCUGGUGGUAAAUUUAGUUGUCUGGAGAUAUUAUAUAGGAGCCAUUCUCGAACAAGGUGCCACGUGUACUUUGGUUCGUUGCCUUGUUGGCAAUACUUUCCAAUAGCCAAACUAUCCACAGUUGCCGUCAAAUUAUGUCCUUACUUAUAUGUUUUUAAAGACAUGGCGAUCAAUAGUACCCUCCAUAAUAUCAAGCGGCUAACUCUAGAUGAAGCCGCCUCACCCCAAGGCUCAACGCUAAAGUCUCCAUAUUGGAUAUUAUUACUGCAGUUAUAAUAUUCUUAAUUUCAAGCGCAUAAUUUGUUUUUCUCCAAACUCUAGAUCGGUCCUCACUUUCAAAACCAUCAUACUAUACUUGCUUCCGUCGGUAAAAAGCAGUAAUUAAAAUUAAAAGGCGUGUGUAGACUUUUUUCCUUGACUUUAAAUGACAAAAAUGGAGUAAGAAAUCGUUUAUAAAAGCCCAUUCGGUAUAAAGUUGAAAGCAUAUUACCUAUUUUAUCGAAAAUAUUAAGAAUUAUUAUUAUUAUUAUUAUUAUUAUCCAUUAGCAAUUAUCAAUCAAUCAUUGAUCUCAAAUCUUACGUUCUAGUAGUUAGAACAGUUCAAAUGAAAGAUUCUCGGCUUACCAUAGUAAAACACAUUUCCUUGGUAAAAUUUAUUUUGGUUUUCAUUCAACAUAAUCCCUUCAAGGGGUACGAGUUUGCUUCAAAAUAGGCCUCAGUUUCGGCAAUCACCGCUUCAUUCGACAAGAAUUUCUUCCCAGUGAGCCUUCUUUUGAGAUGUUAGAGUAGGAAAUAAUCAAUAUGGAGAAUACGGCUCAUGCGGAAGCUAUACGAAGCUCAAUUUAUGCAUUUUUUUUUUAUCGUUUUCAUUGACUUGUGAUAUUGACUUGGUGAAACAGAACUAUCUUUUUCUUCAAAUGCGGUCGUUUUUAAACGAUUUUGUCCUUCAAACAGUCCAAUACCGCUUUGUAAUAGGUUAAUAAAAAAUUAUUCGGUGUACAUCCCAAAAUAAAGACGCCAUAACCUUACCUUGCGUUUUUCCACAUUUUGGAGUGGUUUCAUCGUGUGCAGUUCACUCGGAUGAUUGUCGAUUGCACUUCGGAGUCAAAUGAUGGAACCAUGUGUCAUCCACUGUCACACAUCGACACAAAAACUCAGACUUAUUAUGCUUAAACAUCUCCAAGCAUUGCUUCGAAUCAUGAACUCGUCGUUGUUUUUGGUCAAAACUGAGCUCGCUUAGAAGCCAUUCUGCACAGAGCUUUCUCAUACCCAAAUAUUCGUGAAUGAUAUCAUUCACUAGUUCUGUUGAUAUCUUUAGAGUGCCUGCUAUAUCAAACAACUUCACUUUUCUGUCAUCUAUAAUUAUUCUCUGGACUUUUUUGAUAUUAUCGUCUGUAACAAUCUCUUUUGGGCGUCCACUGCGUUCACUGUUUUUGGUGCUCAUUUCACCACGUCUAAACUUAGUAUACCAAUCCUUGAUAGUUGAUUUUCCUGGGAUAGUGCCCGGAAAGUCGUAAUCAAGUCAAGGUUUUGCUUCAGCAAUAUUAUUUCCCUUCAAAAAGCAACAUUUUAUCAACUCGCGAAACUCCUUUUUAUCCUUUUCUUCACAUUAACAAAAGUUGCUUCACUGAAAAUGAUAUAACUCACAAACACGCACUUUUUGAAAGUUAGGGCUAACUAAAAAUCUUAUGAAUUCUAGUAGCGCCAUCUAUGUGUCAAACCGGGAACUUUUCAAUUUACCUGUUUCAAACAAGCCAAUGGAGAAGUUCGGGAAAUACUCCUGCCUAUACUUUUAUUUAGCAAUUAUUUUAUUUGCUUUUAUAUUUUUAUUGCCUGUAGGAAAUAAUAGAUGGCAUAAAGAAUGAAAAAUGUGCGCUUCUAAGACACUGUGCAACACCGUUUAUUGUCACACGCUGUUUUCGUAUCUUCCUGGCUGCGCCCGCGGCAAUGCCAGCGCUGUGGAACCACUUAUCAUUAAACGUUGGGAAUUUGCGGUGACGCUUAAGCGGCAUUACAAUGCAUAGAUAUAUUUUUAGAUAUUAGUGGUUAUACAUACAUGCACUUGUACAUAUUUUUAUUAGGACUUGGCCACCAGGCGUGCCUUCGUGUCUUUUGAUGCUCGAUUGUUAGCAAUUCUCCUUAUUUUCCACACAUUUUUCUCAACUCUACAAAGUGACCUUACUUACGUGUCGUUUAUGGCUCAUUUUCAUUUACAUACACAUAUGUAUACAUAUAUAUAGCAGUUUCAUAAGUAUAUUUAAGUAAGUUUGUGCGGCCAUUUGUGUAUUUGCAAUGGCGAUUUUUUCACAAAGAAUAUAAAAUAAAAUGUGGUGUUUGUAGUUGUGUGCGUAUUUAUACAACGAUUAUGUACAUAUGUAAGCAAACGUAUUAUUAUGUAAUCUUAUUUAUGAGUUCUAUUAAAUCAAUGUAAGUAUAUACACACAUUUUUUCGCUCGAUGUAAAUGUAAUGCUAUACACACCCAUAUUCGUUUCCAUGAGAGCUUUGCGUGGGUUUGCAAAAAUACACGCGCACGUGUACAUAUGUGUUGGUGGGUGUGUGUGUGUGAAGCCCUCAGCAGCGUGUUUUUGCGCGCUUUUCUAUUUUUUUAGUGAAUAUUUGUGGUUAUUAUGCGCAACAGCCGAAAAAAUGGCAAAGUAAUAUUAUUUAAUGAAUUUAAAUGCCGCCACACGCACACAAAAGACACAUAGCAACACACUCGCACACACACCCACACAAUAUUUGUAUGAUUAAAUUUUGCCUUUGAAUAUGUACCAAAUUGUUGUUAAUUAACCAAAUAAAGUUGAUUAUACAUAUGUGCGUA